AUGCCUAGCCCGCGCACAGGCAUUGCUCUGGGUACGAGAUUGCGUUUGGGAGGGAAGCGGAAGUAGUGAACCUGGCCUGCGAUGACAGAAGGAGAGACCCUGGGAACGAGGUUGACAAGUAUUGUGUAUUGUGCUGGAAGCGUAUUAGAGUUAUUAUCAGCUUUGUCUGUUAGUGCAGUGUGCCAGGACUCUAAGGUUUUAAGUUUCCUAUGAUUUCCCUUGUCUAUUACUUUAGCAUUGGCAAAGUCAAUUAUAUGAUCUUGAGUCCAUGAGUGUUUCGCGACAUUCGACCCUUUCUUGCCUUGUUUCACAUUCCUUACGUGUUCGGACUUUCUCGUCUUCAGGGAUCUUCCUGAUCUCCGAACACGUAAGGAAUGUGAAACAAGGCAAGAAAGGGUCGAAUGUCGCGAAACACGCAAGGACUCAAGAUCAUAUAAUUGACUUUGCCAAUGCUAAAGUGAUAGACAAGGGAAAUUAUAGGAACUUUAAAACCUUAGAGUCCUGGCACACUGCACUAACAGACCAAGCUGAUAAGAACUCUAAUACGCUUCCAGCACAAUACACAAUACUUUUAAGAAAGGAACUCAAGAAACAUUAAUUAAAUAUUUAUAUUCCUCAUUUGUAACAUAGGCAGCAUAGAUAGUCUCAUAUUUCAUACCUUUAUAGAAUCAUUUGUAUACACCCGUUGAAGGUUAUAGACUGAUAGCCGAAAGCACGUAGAAAUAAAUAUUUAGUCAGAGAACGUUCAAUAAUAUGUUUCAACCUGGCUACGCAUCCUCUAUUUUUUCAAUUAUGCAUAUGGUUUUGGACUUUUGGUACUUGUUAUGGUUUUGGUUUAUAGUACUGUGACCAUAGAGAUUAUAAAUAACACUAGAGGAGGCAUCGAGUUUAAAAAUUGGGAACGCAGCUAAUGGGGGGCAAAUUCAAGUCCCGGAUAUAAAAUCGUGCUCUCAUUGGCUGAUUCGAAACUCGUCACCAAUGGGAACACGAAUACACAUCCGGGACUUGAAUUUGCCCCCCAAUAGUCGCGUUCCCUUUUUUUUACUGAAUUAAGAUUACAAUGCCUCCUCUAGUGUUACUUAUAAUCUCUAUGACUGUGACAACUGACAACGUGUUGCUUACGUGUUGCUUGCCAUCACCACAAAUCUAUUUUCGAACCAUAUAAUAGUGUAUAUGCAGACUGGGAGAGAGAUUACACCAGCUAUAUUAUAGUCCGUAUGAAAUCUAUUUACACGAAAGCGAUUGAUUUACCGCCCGACUGAUUCGAAAGCUCUUAAAAGUGUCUUAUCCAUUUGAUGCACAGCAAGAUAUCAUUUUACCACUUCGAAUGUUGACUCGAUAUUGAACAUAUAUAUGCAAAACACCAGUCAAUGACUCCUGCUGCUAUUAUUGUUUUAAAAAUGUAAAACCAUUAUUAGAUAUGCUCAGCCAAUGACUUCUGACACCAAUAGAUGACUCGUAUUUGGCGCAAAAGAAAGCAUCCUCAGUUUUGGUAAUACUGUGGUUCUAUAAUCUUAUUAAUCUAUAGUUCCUGGAAAGAUGCCAUCUGUUCUCAGAAAUCUUGCAAUCAAAGCUGUUUUCCGAUUGUUACCCAUCAUUUCUGCCUAUAUUAUUUAUAAAAUUUACAACACGGACAAUGUGGCAGGCACACCCAAAAUAACCCGAGAUGAAGUUAUCGAAAGGCAACGUGAAACCUUUUUCAAACAAGAAGCAGGCGGAAAGGUAAUUCAUUCACCACAGUGUAACCGUAUCCAGGGGUCUAUAUUUAAGGCCCGUUUCAUACAUCGCGCUAUCGUCGAAUUUAAUUCAGACGAAUUUGCGACGGUAGUGCGUCGUAUGAAAGGAAUUAAAUUCGUCCAAGUCUCCAAGACGUUUUAUCCUUCAUGGUCAGACGGAUACAACGUCUGUACGUGGAGCGUCUUCGUUUAAUUAAAUGCAUAAAUUAUGUUGAAGUCUGUUUCUGUUUUUCUGAUCCCGUGGUUUUUAUUGCUGGGUAAUAAAACCGCAUUCAGAUGCUUCGUCUCGUGCAGAAAGACGUGUCAUGUUUUCGUUACAAAACAUUCCGGAAUGUGGCUACAUUUCGAGCGACAUUCUUGCCAAAGACUCCUGCUGCUCGAAAUGUAAAACUAUUAUUAGCUAAUCUCAGCCAGUGAUCUCGGCACAAUUCCCCGUGGAAUAGAAUGGAUCAGAUGUCGCCAUUCCGAGUCAAGGCAUUAUGUUGUCGCAUUCCCGAAUGUUCCGGCGCCAAAAGAUGACUCGUAUUUUAGCGCAAGAGGACGAAUCCGCGGUUUUGGUGUGGGGGAACGAAAGAUGAAAAAAAAAACGCGGAUGCUGAAGCCUGGUUCAAACUGGCAAUUUUGUCGGCGAUUUUGUGUUUCUGACGGAUCCGAUGCAAAUGAGUGAACUCACACACAAACGUAUAGAGUCGCUUUUCAGAAGUAAACAAUUCUAAGUCUUUUGUAUGUCAUUCAUUCAAUCACAGGAGGAGAGAAAUCGCCGACAGAAUCGGCUAGCGUGAACCAAGCUUAAAAGUCUGAAUCUCUAAAACCUGGAAUACUAAAACCUGAAAUAUAUACAAGAGAAAUCUAAGCUAAAAUUAUAUUUAAACUUCGUUUCAGUGUGUAAGUAAAUAAGACCACCGACUUAGCAAAUAAUCAUUUUAUACUGUCUUUUUGAAUAUUUCUAUAAGUACUUCGCCUAAAUCGAGAUCACUAUUCUGCAAUCGUCCACAAAAUAUUUGAGACAAAGCCCCCUCCCCCCAUUUCAAUGUUGCUUUGUGCUGUAAAAUUAUUUUAUUCAAAUAUAAUCCCUUAGAUUUUGAAUGCGAAUAGGACACUUGCGGUUGUUGGGUUACGUUAUAUUUCUGUCAGGAAGAUAAUAGCAUUUCAACAUUGAAACUGGGGGAAGGGGGGGGGGGGAGUGCAUUCCAAAAGUCUCGAUAUAUUUUGUGGACGAUUGUCGGUUGUAGUGUGAUUCUGGGUUUUAAUAUGAUUCCUGGUUUUAGUAUGAUUCUGGGUUUUAGUUGAUUCCAGGUUUUUAGUUGAUUCCAGGUUUUAGUAUGAUUCCGGGUUUUAGUAUGAUUCCGGGUUUUAGUAUGAUUCCAGGUUUUAGUUGAUUCCGGGUUUUAAUAUGAUUCCGGGUUUUAGUAUGAUACGCCCCCGUGGAAAUCAGCUUCGGUUGACGGGGUCAGCGUGUAUAAAUAAAGUUUCUAUCUAUCUAUGAUUCCGGGUUUUAGUAUGAUACGGGUUUAGUGUGAUUCCGGGUUAUGGCAUUCCUGCUUAGAUACCAACAUGAAGUGUUUUUGAAAAUUUCACAAAUUUACAGUGACAAGUAUAAUAUGUGUCCUUGUAUAGAUUGCUCAAGUCAAAACUGAUGCUCAAGUGUAUCUACACAAUCGAUUUUCCAAAUGGAAGGACAGCACCAAAACCUACAUGAUUCCUCCAAUCUUCAAACCGAAGCAAAGCGGAAAGUCUGUGCCCGAUUUUAAUCCAGGGGAAAACGGUGAAAGGAUCAUAUACAAUCACUUGCGGGAGCUUGGAAACAUGGGUAUGUUUGUUAUUCACGAUUUUGUGUUACGAGGUACAAAUAAAUGGCACAGCAUGAAAUGCAAAAGUAAAGACUACUCAGUACAAAAAUCAGAAUCGAACACAGGGGAGUGCGAUUUUUUCAUUUUCCACCACCAGCUUGGUAUAAUAUUGCUUGAGGUGAAAAAUUACGUGGGCGUUUCAGAUAGCAACAUAAACGAUGCAAAGAGUCAACUUAAGAAAAGUCGUGAACUAAUUAUGAAAUACGCUAAUCCAUUGCCAAAUGAUGCAACUCAGACCCAAGAUGAUAUUCCAUACAAGAAGGUAAUUGCUUUGACAUCCAUCAAGAAAGCGGAUUUUAAUCGUGCCGCUUUCCCAAACCUGGAAGAUGACACAUUAUUCCUAUUUAAAGACAACUCUCAAGACAUUUCUUCAUUUCGGAAAUGGUGGAAUGAAGCAAUCGAAAAUCCAUUAUCCACGAUUCAACUGUCAGCAGAAACACAAGCAGCUUACGAGCGAGCCUUAUCAAGUAUGUUGAUCGAUCGGCAUAUGGGCCCUGUGAAAGAAACUGAAUGUUUAGGAGAACUCUAUGAAUCUCUGGUUAAAUAUAAGUACUAUGGGAAUGCAGCCUACCCUCAACUUGUGGAGAAUAUGUUCCCCUUUUUUCGGUUCUGCUACUGGGAAGUCCUAAACCAAAAGGAUAAAAAAGAUGGUUCUUUGGCAAAGGACGAAGAGAAAGAGAAGAACAAACCGAGAGAAAAAUCUUUUCGACAGGAAGGAAUGGGGUUUCUUGAUAAAUUGUGGCAUAAGGUGUCUAAGUUCAUUCAAGGGAAUAAAUAUUCGUUGAUAGAUGAUUCAAUAUCUACUGUGCUUAAACAUUCUUUCUGCUUCCCCUUCGAGGAUAUCCGACGUUUCACCAUCAAAAUGUUAGAACUAUGGUCAGAGAUAGGAAAGCUGCCUUCCAAAGAUCAUUCGUUAAUACUGAAGAGGUAUCCAUACUUAAAGCUGGAAUCUCCUGAAGAUUAUAACAUGCUUAACCAACACCUUUCACGGAGCGAGUUCAUGGAGGGAGACAAACCAAGUGUGGAUGACAAACAAGUCAUGGAAUUACUAACAUGUCGAAUGAGACUCGAACAUGCACACUAUCCAAUAGUCAUGACCUCAGAGCAACUGGUUGUUUUCGAGGGACCCAGCAAACAGUUGAUAAUUGGCCCGCCAGGAAGUGGUAAAACAGAGCUAUUGAAGUUCAAGGCCCUUGAACUGGAUAUUGAAAUGAAAAUUUGCAAGAGAGAGAAGAAGAUUAUGUACAUUCUUGCCAAUGGAUCUCCCGAUUAUCCUGACAGACAUUCUCUAUUCUUUUAUCAAAUGAAAGAAUUUUUCAAAAUCUCCUCUUUCGUUGAAGUUAUCUCUAUUGUACUAGAAGAUGAAUCAGCUGAAGACACAGAACAUACGACAUCAGAGAUCAGGAAAAAGAUUCAAAGUGGCGAGUAUGAACAUGCCUUUAUCGAUGAGUACUGGAUUGGGUCCAAGCCAACUGAGCACAAGAUAAUACUAGAGCUUGUUCGCGGGUUACCAGGUUAUGUAUGGAUUAGCUCUAUGUUCAACUACCAACCAGAAGCGAAGAAAGUGAAAGCUAAUACUCAACCACUUUUAACAGCGCUGCAUGAAAAUGGUGGAAAAGUUCGUCAUAUCACUCAAGUCAUGAGAGCCACAAACAGUAUCAUAGAGCUUGAAAGAGAUUACAGUAAAGUGUAUGCAGAUCGAUCUUACCCUUAUGGAACUGAACAAAUCCUUUUUAACUCUAACCAAGGGCAACCCGUGACCUGGGCUGCUGAAAAAAACGUGAACGAGAUGUACGACAAAUGUGUGGAUAUUGUUAGCAGGGCCAUAACAGAUGCCGUAGUUAAAGAUGCAGUUAAAAGCGAUAAACCUGCUUUUUCCCCUGCAGAUAUUCUCAUUGCGGAUUUUGCUAUUCGGAUGAAUGAGUCGCGUCAGCUUAAGCAGUCACUGCUGGAUCGUUUAAAGAACAGUCAUAUUCCUGUUUGGACAUUUGAGGAGAGGAGAGAGCAGUUUCUGAGGUGCACAAUUAUGGGGAAAGUAACCCUACUUCGGUCUGAUAAACGAAGUGCCUCUGAAUUCAUUGACGGUGUUGAAUGGCCAAUGGUCGUGGUUAUCCUGCCUUCUGGCAUGGUGCUGAAGACAGCAAAGCUGGCAGAUGGAGCAGAGAAGCUCAGGAAAUUAGAUACUUAUAUUUCCUUCUUUCGUACGAAAGAGAGGUUGGUCGUGAUCUCAGAUAAGUGGACAAAUAAGGAGGAGUUUUUGAGUGAUGUCAAAACUCAAGUCUGA